UUCCAGCGGCUGCUCGGUUUCCAGCUCAACCCGGCGGGCUGCGCCUUCUUCCUGGACAUGACCAACUGGAACCUACAAGCAGCAAUUGGCGCCUAUUAUGACUUUGAGAGCCCAAACAUCAGUGUGCCCUCUAUGUCCUUUGUUGAAGAUGUCACCAUAGGAGAAGGAGAGUCAAUACCUCCUGAUACUCAGUUUAUAAAAACAUGGCGGAUCCAGAAUUCUGGGGCAGAGGCCUGGCCUCCAGGGGUUUGUCUUAAAUAUGUCGGGGGAGACCAAUUUGGACAUGUGAACAUGGUGAUGGUGAGAUCGCUAGAGCCCCAAGAGAUUGCAGAUGUCAGCGUCCAGAUGUGCAGCCCCAGCAGAGCAGGAAUGUAUCAGGGACAGUGGCGGAUGUGCACUGCUACAGGACUCUACUAUGGAGAUGUCAUCUGGGUCAUUCUCAGUGUGGAGGUGGGUGGACUUCUAGGAGUAACGCAGCAGCUGUCGUCUUUUGAAACGGAGUUCAACACACAGCCACAUCGCAAGGUGAUUAAACAGUACCUCCCUUACUCUGCUGAGGGGCUCCACGGGCCUUAUCCCUUCGGCCAGUCUUAAACGGGUGUCAGCAAGAAGAAAAAUUUACAAAAGACAGAAGGCUUGACUUUGGGGGGGAGGGCAAGGGGUUCCUCUGGAUUGCAGACCACAUCGCGUGGACCCCUGCCUCUGACCCCCCAUCCUGGAAGAAGAGGAAGACACAGAACAGACUAGUUUUGAGUAAACUCAGUAUGCAUGUGUGAAUGCUGAUUCGCAGGAAUGGUGUUGAGGCUACCAAGAAGAAAUCCGUGCAGCCACUUUGGGUUUUGUUUAUUAAGUGUCAGUCUAGCAAGUCAUUAGGUCACUCGAGAAGGAAAAAAAAAGUUUAAAAUGGGGGAAAAAAGCCAUCUUUUUAAACAAAAAUUAUUUUGCCUACAGACAGGUUGUAGUUUUGAGCACAUGUUAAUUUUCUCCCCUCUUUCCCACUUUUAUUUUUUUUAGAUAAGGGAUAACAUACUCUUUAUAGAAUAGCUGCUUGCUCUGGAAGCGAUUCAGGUUGGAAGCUGGCGUGGCAUGUUUGGGGACUCUGCGGGUCAGUGCCACAUGACUCCACAAGUCUCUGACCCCAUUUGUUUUUCAUGGCAUCAGCCAAUGAGUUAUCACCCUUUUCCUCUUCUUUUCUCGUUAAUCUUCUGUUGAUUUACACCUUUGACAUUUGUAUUCGUCAACCCUGUGGCUUGUUACCAUCAGAACCUCUCUGAAGACCAAACUUCCCUGUGUGGCCAGCGGAGGAAGCCUUGAGGACAGAUCUCGGGUGACGUGGGAGUUUCUGAGGCUGAGAGGUGUCCUUCUGCACACACUUGUAACAAUUCAAAUUGCUUUCCUUCCAUGUUUCUCUUGGCAGAGAGAAAUGCCAUCACGCUUACUGCUCUUCUUGAUUCUUUGUACACAGUGGCCCCCAUUCACUCUGGGAACAGUGCCUCUGUGCUGCAUAUGUGCGUGUGCCACGUGCACACACACACGGGUGUUGGUGCAGCUCACCAGCGAUUGUGCAGCAGGCAAAUGUGAAGGUUUCCCAUGCUUCUCUGUUGUCACACAGCUCCUUUCCCUGUGUUCCCCUCCAGUUGUCCUUUGUGGUGGUUUCACAGCCUGUUAGUGGAAGCUGAGCUGUUAAGGUAUGAAAAUAUAGCCCCAGAUGGGGAAUUUGCCAUGGGGAAGGGCCAUAGCUACCACAUUUUGAUGGAACUGAAAGGUCCCCAGCCCUGAGCAGGAUGCUUGGUUAUUGGGAGGUGGUGGGCAAAGGGCAGCCCUGCCAGAGCACAGGCUGAUUAGCUGGCUGCUCACUUGGACAGGUGGCCCCACUGGCAUCCUGUGGAUUCCAAGCAGUUUGAGAUGUGGAUAUCUCCAUGGAAAGUUUGAACCAGGCUAGAACAGCUGUCUGCCAAAGAUACAAGAAUAUGCAAAGUCCCUCUUCUCUUCUUACCCCUCCUUCCCUCGAGUCUUGGUUGGUUGAUAGCCAGGGAUAUGGGUCUAGGUGUGGGUGCAGAGUUGCCUGCCUGUUCCCACACCCCCACCCAUCCUGGGGGUGUGAGACCAGCAGGGAGACCAGGUCGAUGAGCGGCUGCAGUGGGUCAUACAGCCUGGGUGUGGGUGAGGGUCUGCCUGCCUGUCUCUCUUUCUGGGUGUCUGAGAAAAAAAUGUGUGUUGUUUGUUCCUCCUCAUCCUCUUCUGAGACUGUUGUUUUUUUAAAGCUUGAUUGUGAGAGAAAAGUUUGUAUGAAAUUCCCCCUUUGCCUUCCCACCUCCCAAAAAAUUGAAAGGGGGAAUAAACAUUGGUCCACUGGAGAGGUCCUGAGGGAGGGUGGAGCCAGCCUGCUGAGAGAGCAGUGCAGCUGGGGCUGGACUCGGGCUCACAGCGGAGCACCUACUUUCUAUGCACACAAAGAGUACCCCAUUCCCAAGCAGAGCAGAUGGGAGUCCCUGCCAGGUGCCCAGGCCACCCCAAGCCCAAGCAGGGGCUCACGAUAGCUUUUUGUCUGGGGGCCCUGUUAGGCCCAGACUUCUGCUACUGUUGGUGCCAACCUCCUGGACACCACCACCCUGGAGCCUACACAUGCCCAGCCGUUUUCCUCACUAGAUAGCCUCAGAGCGUCACAUCUUCAGCUGCCCUGGUGGGAUCGUGGGAAGCUUUCCAUCCCCUGGUUUCCUGGUUUCCUGGCUUCCUCAUCUGCCCCACACUAGGCGCCCCUUCCCCUUCCCAGGAGGGGCUGCCUGCCAUGAUUCAGCAGUGACUUCAUAGGUCACCAUCAGUGGGUCUGGCCCUGCCAGGGGAAUCCUCUUCUCCUCUUGCUUGUAGGCAGCUUCACCCAGCAAGGUAAUUGGCCCAAGCACGUUAGCUUCCCUCCCAAAGACAAACCAUUUCUGUACACGUCUUUGGAGAGGUGAGCUCCUUGCUGAGGCCAGAGCAAGCGCAAGCCAUGGAGUAGGAGCGGAAGGAGUCUGUGGUUCCCCCAGGACCUGGAGGCUGUCAGUACCCUUGAUCCUGCCUCCUCCCAUUGGUUUAGGUUCUGAGCAACUCCUCGAGCCCCUCCUCUCCCCUGCUGAGUUGGGCAGCAUAGGCUACCCUCUCAGCCUCAGUGGUCUCAGUUCCUCUUAGGCUCCUCAUCAAAUGGCAGGCUGCCCCUGGGCAGGACUUCCAGUGUCUGGUACCCAUGAGGUGACACAAGCAGCAUCCUUAAGGACCUGAGCCCAGUGGGGGAGGUAGAGGGGCUCAGGCCCGUGUGCAUGGAGUGAGGUAUGUGUGGAUCUGUGUGCACGCGUGCAUGCCUUUAUUUCUUUUUGCCUUGGGGGCAGUUGAAUUCGGGGCAUUUUUCUACAAGAAACAGCCUUCUCUUCCCCCAACAAGGACUGGCUGUAACCUUAAGUCCGUCGAAGGCACUUCCAGCCUGGAGAGAACCUCACCAAGACAGCUGUGGCCAAGGUGGGAAGUGGGUAUGAGAAUAAACACCUCCCCAAAUUCAACCUGAGCCCUAGCAGGAGAGGAUGGUGGGGUUGCCAGGGCUCAGAAAUGGAAGCUGAUUCCCCACCCCACCCUGCCUUGUCUUUUUUUUUAUCCUUGGGUGAAUGCUGGAGCAGCAAUUGCUGCUUCCUCCACCUGGACAGUGGUGUGUAGCAAGCAAGCUGGGUGGUUGUUUGUGGUGGGGCCUCGUGGUGCCUGGGAGGAGAUGAAGAUGAGGAGGUUUUUCCUUACUGUAUAAAUGAAUAUUUGUAUGAUUAAAUUAACACACACCAAAAAACAAACAAAAAAAAAACCAACCCUA